UUUAAAACAGAACGCUGCAACAGACGGUAUUCAUCAUCGCUUGUAAGGAAAAAGAAUGUGGCACACAUACCAUAUUACUACACAAACCUGACCAGUAGGUCGGAUAACUUCAGCUUAUUGGCAGUAGAAAGUUGAGUUUGUAUCAAUUGUUUGGUGUGCGCGCGUUAUUUUAGUUUAGUUACAACGUCGCUUACUUGUCACUGUGGUUUCUGCCGUUGGCUUCAAUUAAUCUAAGUUAAACUUCCACCGUGGAACUGACACUUGCAUUAGUUCCCUUUAGCACAACGUACUCCAAUUACAAUGUAUAAUGGGAUAGGUUUACCAACUCCUCGAGGCAGUGGGACGAAUGGAUAUGUUCAGAAGAAUUUGGCCUUCAUUAGUAAUUUCAAAGAGCAAAACCCUUACAAAACAGAGGAAGACAUCAAGAGAGCAGAUGCUCUGCUGUUCAAGGAACCAAAUAAAGAAAUACUAGAGCAUGAACGGAAACGAAAAAUUGAAGUGAAAUGUUUUGAGAUGGAACAAGAAAUGGAGGAACAAGGUUACACGCAGAGCGAAAUCGAAUUUAGGGUCAAUGGGUUUCGCAAAAAGUUGCUGGAUGAGUUAAAGGCCUCCGAAAUAAAAAAGACUCCCAAUGUGGAGCCAUUCGAAAUCUCUCAGUCUGAACACGGUAAAUUGCUACCAAAAGGGACCCAUGAAAAUGCUGCUGUAAAUAUCCUUAAAAACACAAUUUUCAAAGAGGCCCUGGGAAUCGGGGAACAAUUUCAAGAUGGGAAUUCCGUAGAGUUGGCUGUUCAGCGAAAAAAAGAUGACGCAGAAACGAAGCGUCUAGUCGAGGCGCAAAAGGAGAUGAAAACAUUGGAUAGUUCAGAUGAUGAUGGUGAAGUCAGUAGUAGUAUUAGUAGUCAUUCCAAAGAUAACUUGAAACAACAACAUAAGAAGAAGAAAAAGGAGAAGAAGAAAAAGAAAUCAGUUAAGAAAAGAAAACAUUCACUAUCUGAUGAUGAUGAUAAUGAUGGCGGUAGUAACGAUGUUGGCGAACUUAAUUUCACUUCAAGUUCUAUGACAUAUCAUCACGCAAAUGAUGAACGAAGUCGUCAUAAACAAUAUCAUGAACAGGAACCACAGCAGGAGCACAGAUCAACCAAGCAUAGAUCACAUUCAAAAAAACAUAAAGAUUCUCAUUCAAAAGAACGGAGGCACCAUCAUCACCAUUGAUAAUAGACAACUAUACCUAAUGGGUUAAAACUGUUCUGUACAUAGGCAUAUAUAUAUAUAUAUAUAUAUAUAUAUAUAUAUAUAUAUAUAUAUAUAUAAGCACACGUUAUCUUAACUGUUGUCUAGUUCUUUUUCGUACACAAAACUCAUGUUUUAUUGUAAUAAUGUUACUAUUAAUUUUUAAAAAGGAGUACAAACUUUCAACAUACUCAUCAUAAAGUUGUUUGUCUUUUUUCAUUUGAAUAAAAAAUGAGCCU